GCCCCCGGUAUUUCAAGGAUGGAGCACAAGAAUGGCACAGGGGUGACGGAGUUUGUGCUGCUGGGGCUAUCCCAGACCCGGGAGAUCCAGCUCUUCCUUUUCAUCUUGUUCCUCAUCUUCUACUCCGUGAUCCUCCCAGCUAACAUCCUCAUCAUCCUCAGCAUCCGGGGAGACCCUCAUCUGGGGUCCCCCAUGUAUUUCUUCCUGGCCAGCCUGGCCUUCCUGGACAUCUGCUACUGCUCCGUCACCCCCCCAAAGAUGCUGGCUGACUUUUUCUCCCACCACAAAAUGAUCUCCUAUGGGGGCUGUAUGGCCCAGAUCUUCUUCAUCCACUUUCUGGGGGCAGCUGAAGUCUUCCUGCUCAUGGGCAUGGCCUUUGAUAGGUAUGUGGCCAUCUGCCAUCCCCUUCGCUAUGCCAGCAUGAUGAGCAGGGAGGUCUGCUGUGCCCUGGUUGGGGCUGCUUGGGCCGGAGGCUUCAUGCACUCUGUCCUGCAGGUCGUGCUGAUUAUCCGGUUGCCAUUCUGUGGCCCCAACGAGCUGGACAAUUUCUUCUGUGACAUCACCCAGGUGAUCAAGCUGGCCUGCACUGACGUCUACAUGCUGGAGGUCUUCAUGUUCUUCAGCAGCGGCUUCUCCACCAUGAUGUGCUUCCUCCUCUUGCUCAUCUCCUAUGUGGUGCUGCUGGUCCGGCUUCGGGCAGGUUACCCUUCAAAGGCGACGAGCAAAGUGGCUUCCACUUGUGUCACCCAUGUCAUCAUCGUCUUCAUCAUGUUUAGCCCGGCCAUCUACAUCUACUGCCAUCCCUUCCACACCUUCUUCCUGGACAAGGUGGUGUCUGUGUUCCACACCAUGGUCUUCCCACUCAUGAAUCCCAUCAUCUACACACUUAGGAACAAGGAGAUCAUCAGUGCCAUGAAGAGGCUGCUGGGCAGACAGGGGCUCUGCAGAGGGAAAUAG